GACAUUUUGUAUCAUGUGACUGACUUUGUGAAGAAGUUUACUUUCACUUUUCACUUCAGGUUGCAGAAGUUUGGUCUUCAUAGAUGAAAUAACAUUGUUUAUUUUACGCGUUGUUUGCCAUCAUGUUUCAUUUACGCAGACUAUUCUUUUUAGCAGCCAUUCUGAUUUUCUCCGAAGCACAUUAUCUGAAUCCAAAUGGAAUAAAAAAAACUGAAUUAAGCGGCCCCCAACAAACUCAGGGCCAGCCAUGGCCUUUGCCGCAGGUUUACAAGCCUACACCUAACGUAGUUUCUUUAGAUAUUCUUAACUUUCAGUUCAUCAAUGUUGGCGUUAACUGUGAACUUUUAGUUGACGCAUACAAAAGAUACAGCAAAAUUUUAUUUGGAAAUACAAGGAAAUCUAAUCCUCUAUACUUUAAAAACUCUGACUCUACAAAGACAGAUGCAUUGCUUAACAGACUGGUCGUCAACUCAAUUACUGGGUGCCAUGGUGGACCAAGUUUUGAUUCAGAUGAAUCUUACACACUGUCAAUAACAACCAAUGGAGCAGUACUUACUUCAAAUCAAACAUGGGGUGCAAUCAGAGGACUUGAGACCUUCAGUCAACUUGUCUAUCGUCUAAAUACAGGAGAGUAUGUCGUCAAUGUUACUGAAAUUACGGACUUUCCUCGCUUCAAACACAGAGGUGUAUUAUUAGAUACAUCACGUCAUUUCUUGAAAAAGGAAUAUAUCUUGCAAAAUCUUGAUGCCAUGGCAAUGAACAAAUUUAAUGUAUUUCACUGGCAUAUUGUGGAUGAUCAGUCUUUCCCUUAUUACAGCAGUGAGUUUCCAAGCCUGAGUCAAUAUGGAGCUUACAACCCACGAACACAUAUUUACACUCCAGCUGAUGUCAGCGAGAUUAUUCAAUACGCCCAGUACCGUGGUAUCCGUGUCAUGGUUGAGUUUGAUUCACCAGGUCACACUCUGUCCUGGGGAAAAGGUCAGUCUGGUUUACUGACCGAGUGCUACAGUGGUGGUGAGUUCAAUGGCAACUAUGGACCAAUUAAUCCUGCAGUCAACACAUCAUACACCUUUCUAAAAAUGUUAUUCACCGAAGUAGCAAGUGUUUUUCCUGAUCAUUAUAUCUUUCUUGGAGGAGAUGAAGUUGAUUUUUCAUGCUGGAAGAGUAACCCAACAAUUACAAGUUUUAUGCAAAAAAUGGGUUUUGGACUAGAUUAUUCUAAAUUGGAGGAAUACUACAUGCAAAAUCUUCUUGAUAUAAUCUCAUCACUGAACAAAGGUUACAUGAUUUGGCAGGAGGUAGUUGAUAAUGGUGCAAAGGUGGCUGAAGACACUAUUGUCAAUGUGUGGAAAGAUGGCUGGCAAGAUGAAAUGGCUAAAGUUACUGGCAUGGGUCUUAAAACUCUAUUGUCAACUUGCUGGUAUCUCAAUUACAUUAGCUACGGCAGUGACUGGCAGAAGUAUUACAGCUGUGAUCCACAAAAUUUUAAUGGUACAGCAGCACAAAAGGCAUUGGUGUUAGGAGGGGAGACAACAAUGUGGGGAGAAUAUGUUGAUGAUACAAAUGUUAUGUCAAGACUAUGGCCUCGUGCUGCUGCUGUGGCUGAAAGAUUGUGGAGUCCUGCUGCUGGGGAAAAUGUGGAUUUCAAAGCGGUUGAGAACAGAAUUGCUGAGCACAGGUGUCGAAUGGUCAGGAGAGGAUUUCAAGCUGAAGAGUUACUUGGCCCUGGAUACUGUGAUGAGGAGUAUUGAUGAGCAGUUAUGAUUUGCUUCUUACAGUGUACCCAGUGUACUGGGCUACAUUUUAUUAAAACUAUUUUUUACUGGAGUGAUUGAUCACAAUUUUUGUAAUUUAUAUAAUUCAUGAAAAUUAAAAAUACUUAAAUAUG